AGGACCAGAUCAGGUGAGGGAGAGAGACAGAGUGAGUGAGUAGUAGGGAGAGGGGCAGGAGCAGGUGAAUGAUGACCACACCUGUUUGCACCAGCAUACCUACAGCGUUUCGUCCCCGACACGCCUGCCGGAGGUGGAGAUGUGAGGUCUGAGCCGGAGAGCUCGAGCUGUAGUUCGGUUUGAGCGCCGCGUUGUCCGGUUUUCUCUCGGGACUCGUCGCCAUCACUACCUCGGUGUGUUUGGCAGGCUGAGGGCUGUAGGAGUCAUGCUGUCGGCAGAGGAGAUACUAUGCAUCACUCGGCAGGUGAUCGCUGGGCUGGAUGCUCUGCGGGCAGAGAAUCGCACGCUGCUGGACAGCCUGCAGGAACAGUUACAGAGCCGGCCGGCGAGCGAGAGUGGCAGCUUGGAGCAGGAGAAGACUGGCAUCGUCUUACAGUCUCUGGAGAAGAUCGAGCUGGGCCUGGGUGAGGCACAGAUGAUGAUGGCUCUGUCAGCACACCUGGGCUCACUGGAGGCGGAGAAGCAGAAGCUACGUGCUCAGGUGCGGCGGCUUUGCCAGGAGAACCAGUGGCUGCGGGACGAGCUGUCUGCGGCCCAGCAGAAGCUGCAGGAGAGAGAACAGGAAGUGGUUACACUGGAGGAGCAAAAUAAACACCUACAGUUUAUGAGCAGUAUCCGCAAGUACGACCAGGAUGAGCCACCAGUGGAGGACAAAGACAAUUCCUCAACCAAGGAGUCCCUUGAUGAUCUCUUUCCUACUGAUGAAGAAGAGCAAACACAAAUGUCUCAGCCCCACAGAAGUGGUGUCGCUGCAGCCCAGCAGGGAGGCUAUGAGAUCCCUGCCAGGCUAAGAACACUCCACAACCUGGUGAUCCAGUAUGCCUCUCAGGGCCGCUAUGAGGUGGCUGUGCCUCUCUGCAAGCAAGCUCUGGAGGACCUGGAAAAAUCUUCUGGACACAGCCACCCAGACGUAGCCACCAUGCUCAACAUCUUGGCGCUAGUAUACAGGGACCAGAACAAAUACAAAGAAGCUGCCAGCCUCCUGAAUGAUGCGCUUGCAAUACGUGAGAAGACACUUGGCAUGGACCACCCUGCAGUGGCAGCUACUCUAAAUAACCUGGCUGUACUCUAUGGCAAAAGAGGGAAAUAUAAAGAGGCAGAGCCCCUUUGCAAGAGAGCACUGGAGAUCAGGGAAAAGGUGCUGGGGACUGACCACCCUGAUGUGGCCAAGCAGCUCAAUAACCUGGCUCUGCUGUGCCAGAACCAGGGCAAAUAUCAAGAGGUGGAAGAAUACUAUGAGAGAGCGCUGCACAUUUACCAGAGUCGGCUGGGUCCAGAUGACGCCAAUGUGGCCAAAACCAAAAAUAACCUGGCCUCUUGCUACCUCAAGCAGGGCAAGUACAGACAAGCUGAAGCUCUGUAUAAAGAGAUCUUGACUCGUGCUCAUGAGAAGGAGUUUGGAUCAGUGGAAGGGGAUGGACGUCCAGUUUGGGUACAUACCGACGAGGGGAGCUCUAGACAAGACAGUCUUGGUAGUCUCAAGCGCAGUGGGUCUUUCACAAAGCUUCGGGAGUCCAUAAGGCGGAGCAGUGAGAAGCUGGUUAGGAAGCUGAAAGGGGUCGGAACACCAGAAACAGCCCCUCGUGCUCCUGGAAUGAAAAGGGCAAAUUCCCUCAAUGUGUUAAAUGUGGGAGUGAGGGAGAGUCAAGAGACUGCAAAGAAUCUCAACAGGCUGACAGACAGUCGCACUCUCAGCUCCAGCACGCAGAGUCUGGCCCGACGCAGCUCUUUAAGUGGAGAAGGUUAACCUUGCCUACUAGUUUUCCCUGCACUUUCCUGCACUGUGUACCUACUCCUGUGUACCUGGUCCUCAUAUGGACCAUUUUAAAGGAAUGAAGCAGCACACAUCCUUUUUUUGUGGACCAGCUUGAACUGCGGAAAUUUAAGGGAACUUUUCACACAGAUCUCCCUUUUUAGAGCUAAUGGAGCACACUAGUACCUCACUGCUCUGGAGCUAGUUGUCUCUUUCUGAUCUUAAAGGACCGUUGCACUAUAAAAUCUUAACUUAUUACAGCCCGCUAGGAUCUGAAAUUUCUUUUGCACUUAAUGUUACAGGUUAGAACGGAGAGGACACUAUUGCACUAGUUUCUAUAUUUCUAUAUGCAAUGACAAAUGUUUGUUAUCUAUGUUAUUUUAAAAAUGAAAAUGUAGCUCUCUACUUGUGCCUGUGAAAGAAGGGACUUGAUUUUUCAAUUUCAUACAUAGAUUUUAAUUUAAUUUGGUGAUAAUAGUGUAGUUUAUUGAAUUUUGUUUUACUCUACUUAUCCUGAAAGGCAGGAUGUGAUUUUGUAUCAUGUGUGUGAAAUGCCAGAAAGAUCUAGAAAAACACCUAAAUGUAAUGUGUAAUGUAAGGCUACUUUAAGCUAGCUUUCUGUCAGCCUAACUGUACCUAAACAACAAGAUAGGUUUUACGGUAGAUGGUCUACAGUUGAAUCUAUUUGACAUUGUUUAAAUGUACAGACUCAGUACAGAAACACUGAAGAACCAAAUAAAACUGCUGUCUGUCUUUCCAUGUA